AUGUCUUCGUGGGAUCUGCUAGACGAAAAAGGCGAAUCCGAGCUUCACAAGAGCCGGCUCCUCAACGUAGAGGAGAAGCCUUUCAAGCGCAUCACCAAACGACUUUCAUCCAUAUCUGCAAUCGUUUCCAGUGCGAUACAAUCUGAUGCUACAACUUCAAACGGAGGCCACACUACGAGCAGCGCCCAGCUACAAGAAGAUCUCACAUUCGAUUUCGCUGCCUUUGACAGCAGCAUCGCCCGGUUCCAGUUCCUUCACGAUGCGAACGAGCGAGAGCGCGAACGUUACGAGGCAGAUAAGCAGCGCAUUCUCGCCGAAUGCCAGGCGGCCCGCGAGAACAACGCGCGACUACGAGAGCAGCUGGAGGAUGCCAAAGCAACCUUGGCGCGGCGGAAGAAAUUCGACGAGCUGGCCGAGAAGAUAUUGUCUAAUCGGCUGCUGCGGCCGCGCGAAGACCAGCUGGUUGCCCUCGAGAAAUUAGAAGAAGAAUGUAAAGAGCUGGAGCGCGAAAGUGAAACGUACAGUGGCACAUGGAAGGAGCGGCGAGACCAGUUCAAUAGGAUUAUGGAGGAGGGCAUGCUAUUACGACGGCAGAUCAGAGACGAGAAGGAAGAAGUAGACCGAAGAGAGGGAAUGAAUGAAGGCGGAGAUGACGAAGUGGAAGAGCAGCGAGACGGCCAGACACCCGGCGUCAACCCCAACAGCACCGAAACGCCGCGACCCGAUGGCGAAGGGCAGUUGAACGAGACGACACCCCAUCUCGCAAUAUCUGUGGAUGGACCAACGCCAUCAGCGGGCUCGCCGCGUCCAGAUCAGCUCCGGCUUUCGUCUACAGACGGUGCAUCGGCUUCUCGGUUAGGAAGCAGGGCUUCGACCAGAGAAGUGUCACAACCACCGCGGCGUGAUCGCGAUUCAGGAAGCGAGACGGGCGAAGAUGUCGAUAUGCAUGACGAAGGGUCAGGGAACGAAGAAGGCGAGGAGGAUGAGGACGAAUACAAGUCGUCGGCGAGGAACGGUGACAAGAUGGAGGUUGAUAAUUAG